GUUUAUAAACCGGGCCAACAAAGGCACAAGUCCCACACUGCAUCAGUCCUCUUCUCGUGCGCUUCCACGCAGUAAGAGCACGCUUUAAACAGUCUAACCCAUAGCCUCUAUCAUUGCAUACCCAUUUAAAGUCCAGCUCCCUGUUUCUUUUUGAGUUUCCCCAGGACCGUCCCACCAUGCGUCUCCAGUUCGUCCUUUGCGUAACGGCCCUGCUCGGCUGCCCGUUCCUGAGCGCCGGGUCGCGGAUAGCCAAGCGCUUUGCCAUCGGUUGCUCGGAGAAGUGCGACAAGUCCCAGUGCGCGCCGAUCCCCGAGGACUGCUUGGCCGGAGACGUGCUGGAUCGCUGCGACUGCUGCCCGGUGUGCGCGUCCGGGGAGGGCGAGCCGUGCGGCGGCACCGCAGACCGCGAGUGCGCCGAGGGGAUGGAGUGCGUGGUGACCGACGGCGUGGAGGUGUCCGUCACCGUCAGGCGGAGGGGCAAGGCCGGGGUGUGCGCGUGCUCCAGCCGCGAGCCGGUGUGCGGCAGUGACGGGGUCUCCUACCGGAACAUCUGCGAGCUGAAGCGCAUCAGCAACCGGGCGAUGAAGCUGCAGCAGCCGCCGGUGAUCUUCAUCCAGAGAGGAUCCUGCGGGAAAGGUCAGCAGAACCCGGACAGUCUUCGUCACAAGUACAACUUCAUCGCUGACGUGGUGGAGAAGAUUGCCCCCGCUGUCGUUCAUAUUGAACUGUUCCGCAAGAUGGUGUUCUCCAAGCGCGAGGUGGCGGUCGCCAGCGGCUCCGGCUUCGUUGUGUCAGAGGACGGACUCAUCGUCACCAACGCCCACGUGGUGGCCAACAAGCACCGAGUCAAGGUGGAGCUGAAGAGCGGAGCCACGUUCGACGCCAAGAUCAAAGAUGUCGACGAGAAGGCCGACAUCGCCCUGAUCCAGAUCGAGGCCCCGAUGAAGCUGCCGGUGCUGCUGCUCGGCCGCUCGGCGGACCUGCGUCCCGGCGAGUUCGUGGUCGCCAUCGGCAGCCCCUUCUCCCUGCAGAACACCGUCACCACCGGCAUCGUCAGCACCACCCAGCGGGGGGGCAAGGAGCUGGGGCUACGCAACUCGGACAUGGACUACAUCCAGACCGACGCCAUCAUCAACUACGGCAACUCAGGAGGACCACUAGUCAAUCUGGAUGGAGAGGUGAUUGGCAUCAACACUCUGAAAGUCACAGCAGGAAUCUCCUUCGCCAUCCCCUCAGACAAGAUCAGGCAGUUCCUGGCCGAGUCACAUGACAGACAGUCCAAAGGUAAAACGUUCCAGAAGAAGAAAUACAUCGGCGUCAGGAUGAUGAGUCUCACUCAAACGCUGGCCAAGGAGCUGAAGGAGAGGCAGCCAGACUUCCCAGAUGUCACCUCUGGGGCGUACGUCAUUGAGGUCAUAAGCCGGACUCCGGCUGAGGCCGCUGGCCUGCAGGAACGAGACGUCAUCAUCAGCAUCAACGGCGAGCGGAUCUCCACGGCCAGCGACGUGAGCGCGGCCAUAAAGCGGGACGAGAAGCUGCGAACGGUGGUGAGGCGAGGCAACGAGGACGUCAUCCUCACCAUCGUCCCCGAGGAGAUCGAGCCUUGACCUCUCAACUGAAACAAGUAAAACAAACC